CUCCUAAAUUUUGAUCCUUAUCUCUUUCUGUCGCUCGUUCUAUCGAUCUAUCUAUUCAUUUAUUUAUCUGCCUAUCUGGUCGAUUGUUGUUAUCUGACAAGGAUACACCCAUGAUGCUUUCCCAUUCGGUCUCGGACAACCAUAUAUACAUCGAGGUCUACGAAGAUGCGCCUCUGCCGCAACCCCCUGCCAGCGACACCAGCUCGAAUAGUCAAAAAUGUCCCUCUCCAAGCCGCUACUACUCCACUCCGCUGAAUGCAGACAUUCCUGACUCGACUCCCUUGAAGGUCUAUGGCCUCAAGCAGCGGCCGCCGUCGAUUAUCGACCAAAAACCACCGAAACUCUUUAGCAGGCUUUCAAUGUACGCAUUUGAGGAGGGAAGUCAGGAGAAACUACCAUUGCCGCGAAUCCCCGGGUCCCCAGUCAAGAAAGCUGCAUCAGUGAUCGAGCUCCAAGCGACUCCUACCGAACCGUCACCUCCUUCGAGAUCCCUGGCUAGACGGCCAUCUGUGCUCUCUUUCGAUAUGCUCUCUUCUUCCCAUGGUUCUCAGGAAUCCGGUCCCCCUUCUCUGAGAAGGAUACAGAGCAGACUAUCCUCCUUUCGCUCUUCUACUUCAUCUUCCCGGCCCGACAAGAGACGUUGGCUAUCGUUCAAGAAGAGGACCGCAACAGACCCUGAGUUGGCUGGAAGAAUCUGAGCAUCCCAACUUGGGCGGAGUGCCCGGAAAAAUCUUAAA